UCAGCCAUAAGUAAAAAUGGUAACAGCUGUUUGUCAAAGUUGUUAUAAUGACAGAUACACAACAUUUUGCUUCGCCUUUGCUUUGCUUCGCCGCAAAAUAUGGCUAACAAACAUGUUUGGAUUCACUUUCUGACUUUUACUUUGACAGCUGAUUUCGUUGUAUGCUUUUGUGGGCAUAAAAAGAUUUCAAGUGAAGCAAAGCAAAGCGAAGAAGAACCUUGGAGAAGCAGUUAUUGCUAUUUUAAUUGUUAAGUAUCUACUUUUCACCGCAGUUCAACAAUAUUACGAUAACACAUGGAAAAGAAAUUAAUUAAGGCCGUCAGGUUACACCCAUGCUUGUACGACAGAAGCUCACCUUUAUUUCGAAAUUUGUUGUUGAAGGAGCGACAAUGGAAGACAGUGGCGCUUUCAACGGGAGCCUCUGUGGAACAAUGCAAGCAGCGCUGGAAAUCGUUACGCGAUAGAUUUGUGCGCGAGAUAGUGGCGCAAAAAUCGAAGUCAGAGGAGGAGGGCGAAGCAGAGGAAAAGAAAGAGUGGUGUUAUCUCAAAUUAAUGCGUUUCUUAACAAAACAUGUUAACCCCAGAAAAUCUAAAACGCAAUUUUUCAACGAUGACCAGCACAGCUGCAGUGAUUCGCCUGCAACAACGCAGAACAAUUUUGAGUGGGUAGAAUUACUGCAGGAAGAAAGUGCGCCAAAUGAUAGCCAAACCUGCAGAGAUACACCAAAGCCGAACGAUGUGCCGAAACGUCAACGGCUUGACGAGGAACAACAUACGAACAAUGAGGCAUUCGAACGACUUACGCGUUUUUAUGAGACAAUGGAGACGGUGUUCUCCACGCAGAAGGAAUCCAAAAAUAAGGCGUUUUUAGCCUUGUUGGACGAGCUUCUGCAAAAGAAAACGGAGGAAAUGCAGGAUAGGUUGAAAAUGGAAAUAUUAAACCAUGUACAUAAUUCUUAAAUUUACAUUUUAACUGUAAUAGUAGUUUUAAGCGUUUUUUUUUUACUUUUUAAGCCCUGAAUAAAUUAUAUUUUGUUUGCCAUGAAGUUUAUGACAAAAAGAAAUAAAAGUCGAAGACCGUAUACAAAUAU